UGCAGCAGAAGUUUUGGUUUUAAUCAGCCUCAGAGUUUCUUCAUCAUGACGCCUGCAGAGAUUUUCACCAACAGCUCAGAGAAAAACACGACCGGAGCCGAGGACUGGACCCAGGUGUAUGAAGCCGUCAGGUGGAUCCAGCUGGUCAUGGCUCUGCUCAGUAUUCUGGGUUCCGGCUCCAUCAUCGUCUGUGUGAUGCUGCAGAGACUCAGCAGGACACCAGAGCUGCAGCCUCUGUUCCUGCUCAGUGUGUCCGACCUGCUGCUCGCCGUCUGCUGGCUGAUCGGAGCUGUUCUGUUCUCACACCACUGCAACAGCCUCAACACACACUGCUACAACCUGCACACUGUGGAGCAGAUUCUCUACAUGGCCUCCUUCCUCUACACCCUCAACUACAUGUGGAACCUGUACAAAGGAAUCAGAGAGAAGUUCUACAGCUGCUUCAGUGGAUACUCAGUACAGUUUUCCAACAGAGUGAGUACAGCAGGGAAAAUCACUGCGCUGCUUUCAGGUCUGGUGCCGGUGUUGCUGAUGACGCCGGUGCUUAUUAAAGGAAACAUCAGCCACUGUCAGGCCAACUUCAGUGAACCCUACAGGUGUCUGCUGAUGAACACUGGAGCUCUGUACCUGAACUCGGAGCACCGGCCCAUGAUGAGACCCUGCAGGAUGCUGCACCACUAUCGCAUCUCUGUGUUUCUCACCACUUUCCUGGUCACGCUGCUCAGCAUCACUGUCCUCGUGAUAAAAGCUCGGCAUAUUUACAGGCGAGUCGUGACGUCCAACGGUUACCUUGGCAACGAGCAGCGGAUCUCGUUCCGUGUGAUGGACCGUCGGAUGGUCCUGUACCCGCUGAUCUUCGUCCUCUGCUGGGGUCCAGCGGUGAUUCUGGCGUUCCUGCGGCUGGUGAAGCCUUCAGCUGGUCUUGGUGAUGCUGGAGUCGUCCUCUACAUCUCACAGGCCUUCACCUCGGCCUCGCAGGGCUUCCUCAACUGCCUGGUGUACGGAUGGACGAGCGUUCACCUCCGCCGAGCCGGCCGGACGGUCUUAUCCCGAGACGUGAACACCCAGACUCCCCUGAUGCGAGCACAGAAGACGAGGAGCUACUCUUCUCUGAGAACCGUCGGCUGAGAGACGAAGCCCGAGGCCGAUCGUCACCUGCUGCACAGACUCUUCUGAAAGUCUGAAGUUUCACUUUCAGCUGGAGGAAAACCACCGUCUCUGCUCAGGACCAACACCUCCAGCUCUGAUCCUCAACCACUGAGGCGAAGAAAAGGGAAGAAGACGAUGGAGGGGAGUUUACAGCAAGAGGAAGAGCGACGGACAAAACAGGAUUUGAAAGAGACAAAGCCGGCAGGUGGUCUAUUUCAGACUUAUCAUGCAGGUCACAUGAGGUCGCUGGUCACCUGUGAUGCACUGUAAAAAAAAUCCCUUUAAAAACUGUUCAAAUCUGGCAGCCGGAAAAUAUGUGUAAAAAACAGUGAAUACUGUAACAUUCAAAAACUGUUUAAAAAAAAUUUCAAAACACACAAAAAACACAAGUAUCUGUAGUAUGAACGUUGUCAAAUCAAAAUAAUAUUUAUAGAAAUACAUUUUUUUAUGUAGACAUCAUUUACAGUUUUUCUUUACUGUUAAUGUGUAAAUUAAUCUUUUUUUGUGAUUUUACAUUUCUAGGUAUUGUCUGUAAUGUGUCCAAACAGGAAAGCAUCUGUAAAACAACUAAAUUGUUUAUGAUUUACACUCAUGGGUAAUAAAGACAUUUUUUUUUUUACAGA